GGGCGGUGCUGCGCUGCGGGGGAGGGGAGCGCUGAUGCAAGAGGCGAGUGCGGCCGUCGCUGGUAACGGCUGACCGCGUCCCUCAGCGUCCGCCGCUCCGCCCGCCUCCCGCUCCGCACCGUGCCGCUCCGCUUCGUGCCCGGCCGCAGCCAUGUCGGGCGACGAGAUGAUUUUCGAUCCCACUAUGAGCAAGAAGAAGAAGAAAAAGAAGAAGCCCUUUAUGCUGGAUGAGGAAGGAGGGGAUACACAAGCGGAAGAGACUCAGCAAUCAGAAACAAAAGAAGUUGAACCAGAGCCAACAGAAGACAAAGAUGUUGAAGCAGAUGAAGAAGACAGCAGGAAGAAAGAUGCAACAGAUGACCUGGAUGAUUUAAACUUCUUCAAUCAAAAGAAAAAGAAGAAAAAAACAAAAAAGAUAUUUGAUAUAGAUGAAGCAGAAGAGGGUGUAAAGGACUUGAAAAUUGAGGGAGAUGUGCCAGAGGCAGUAGAACCUGAAGAUGACCUUGAUAUCAUGCUGGGCAAUAAAAAGAAGAAAAAGAAGAAUGUGAAGUUUCCAGAUGAGGAUGAGAUAAUGGAGAAGGAUGAAGCUUUUGAAGAUGAAGAUAGCAAAAAAGAUGAUGGAAUUUCUUUUAGCCUUCAGUCAGGACCUGCGUGGGCAGGCUCGGAAAGGGACUACACAUAUGAUGAGUUGCUCAAUAGAGUAUUCAACAUCAUGCGAGAGAAAAAUCCAGAUAUGGUAGCUGGAGAAAAACGGAAAUUUGUCAUGAAGCCUCCGCAGGUUGUACGAGUAGGGACCAAGAAAACAUCUUUUGUCAACUUUACAGAUAUCUGCAAAUUAUUACAUCGUCAGCCAAAACAUCUUCUGGCAUUUUUGUUGGCAGAAUUGGGUACAAGUGGCUCAAUAGAUGGUAACAACCAACUUGUAAUCAAAGGAAGAUUCCAGCAAAAACAGAUAGAAAAUGUCUUGAGAAGAUAUAUCAAGGAGUAUGUCACCUGUCAUACGUGUCGGUCACCAGACACAAUCCUACAGAAGGACACCAGAUUAUAUUUCUUGCAGUGUGAGACCUGCCACUCUCGCUGCUCCGUCGCCAGCAUCAAAACUGGUUUCCAGGCUGUCACAGGCAAGAGAGCACAGCUCCGUGCCAAAGCUAACUAGUUUGCUAAUCAACACUGGAUUUUGCAAAGUGUUCUGGGGAGAUAUGACUGGACAGGUUUACAAUCGGAAUGGAUUUACCAUUGUAUUAAAACAAGAUUGUAAAAACGACAAGAAAUUUGUCUUUUGAUUGAUUGGUCUGUGAAAUCCUUGCAAGAUGCAGAUCCUCAAGCUGUUCACAUACAUUUGCUCAUUGAAUAUAUUUUACCAACUGUAAGGAACGUGAUGGGAAAGGAGGUGCUUUUUAAUCCAUUCAGACUUCUGUAAAACACGAGAUAAAUUAAAGAUACUAUAACAGUGA